GAAGAAGAAGAAUUUCGGCAGAAGAAGAGUCAAUUAAGCAUGGCAGGCAACAUCAGCAACACUGCAGUUCCGAUAACUAGCUCUCUAUCUAAACUACAGUCUUUAAAUGGAAUGUUCGCGAUAUAUAAAAAACAAGGGCCGACAUCUGCAGACGUGUUAAAUAAACUCAAAGAAGUUUUACUCAAAGAGGCUGGUGUAAAAAACCCAAACCCGCGAAAGAGGAAGAAGCAGAGCCUGAAGAUGGGACACGGAGGGACACUGGACAGUGCUGCCAGCGGGGUGUUGGUUGUUGGUGUUGGAAAUGGCACAAAGAUGCUCAGUACAAUGUUGGCUGGUUCUAAGAAAUAUAUUGCUGUGGGGCAACUGGGGAAAGCAACAGAUACUCUCGAUGCCACUGGUAGUGUGAUUCUGGAGAAAGACUUUGGACACAUAACCAGGUUAGACAUUGAGGAGAAACUGAAAGCUUUCACUGGUGACAUCAUGCAAGUUCCUCCACUCUACUCUGCACUAAAGAAAGAUGGCCAGCGUCUAUCUGUCUUGCUGAUGAAAGGUCACAAGGUCGAGGCCAAACCAGCUAGACCAGUCACUGUGUACAACCUGACCCUGCAAGAGUUCAAACCUCCUCUCUUCACUCUGGAUAUAGAGUGUGGUGGUGGAUUUUAUGUCAGAAGCUUGGUGGAUGACCUGGGAAAAGCUCUGUCGUCCUGUGCUCAUGUGAAGGAACUGACCCGAACCAAGCAGGGUCAGUUCACCCUGGAGGAGCACGCCUUACAUGAGGAGCAGUGGACACUGGAACACAUCCUGCGCUCUCUGCAGCCCUGCUCACAAUCAGAGCAGGACGGCCACUGCGCAGAGCCACCAGAGGCUGACACCUGAGGAACGCUGUCUGAACAGGGCCCAGAGAGAAAAGCUGGGGUUGCUGUCUGUUUCAUGGUUAGUCAUGACUCACCAGUGAAGAGAACAUGCUGUCUAAAUGUGAUGACGGGUUAUCCUGGAUGUUUUAAAAUGUGCUGUUGAGCAGGUGAAGUGGGACAAAUUGAGACAACUCUCAAAACCACUGUUGAUUCUGGACUCACGUAUUUACAGCCCCACUCAAUCCUCCACCCCAGCCUCUGUCUUCACCUGCUCAUGCCUCUAAUUGUAUUGCAGAGCUGGGUAAUAGAAACGGUGCACAAUAUACAUAAAUGUCACAAUUCAAAAAAAUUAUUUCUACAAUAUGAAAAUAAGAAGUAAUACAUUGUGUUAGGGAAGAAUGCUUGACAAUGCAUCUUGCAAUGCAUGAAACAGUUUAUACUAAACAAAAAUUUGAGGAAAAUCUUCCACACUGCAGGAGUUAUUAUGAAUGAUGCUGGAAAGAUUUAAAAAAUAUAUGUUUUUUGUAUAAUUUCCAUUGAAGUAGAGUUCUGCUUGCAGUUGUGAAACAUCAGCAGAAACAUAAAAUUCAUUUCUAUAUGGAUAAUGAGCAAUAUAAAAAGGAGUAUUGUGAUGACAUUGUCUUCAUUGAGGUGUUCUUACAUGAAACAGCAGCAUCCUGAGAAAUACAUUUACAAAGCAGGUGAAACGCAUGAUGUUACCCAGUUUAUCUGGAGGGUUAUUUGUGGGAAUGCCAUGCUCUGAGCAGUGCUCUUAACAAAGACAUCUGACAUGUAAAUGAAAGCUAUUUCUGUUCUUCCAGUACAGUGAGGAGUUUUUUUUGUUUUUUUUUUGUGUUGUUUUUUUUUUUCAAUGAAAGAUUGAUGUACUCCAGAUAUGAAGCACUUGUGUGUCCAUACAGCAUGUUGAAGUUCUGCACUUGCAGGUUAAAUAAAUUUUCAGGUGAUUUUUGUUAAAUACCAACAACAUUUCUUGCAUCAUUCAGAGUGGGGGGUGGUCAUAAAGGAAUCACUGAUGUCUUUGCCUGCUUACCAUGAUGGGUCAACAUUUUUACACAUUGUUUCAUAAUUUUAAUUUUGGUAAGAUUUAGUAUUUUAAAAUUGUGUUUUUGUAUGUCAUUAUCAUGACAUAAAAGUCAAAGUUUUAAUGUGUUUUCCUAGAGUUUUUAACUUUCUCUGUGAAGACUAUCAGUUAGUGUCACAUGUUUGCAUGACUUAAUAUACAGUGGCAAUUUUGUUUACUGUGAAUAGUUAAGUGAGUAGAAGAUAAACUGAUCUCCAAAAGGCAUAACGUUAAAGAUUAAGUGUGCUUUUCAACAUUUUUAGCAAGAUCAGUGUAUUAUUUUUGUUUUGUACAAUUUUAGAGUGAAAAAAUGGAAAGGAGCACCAUGCAAAAGUUUGGGCACCCCAAGACAUUUGAGCUCUUAGACAACUUUUACCAGGGUGUCAGACCAUAAUUAACUUGUUAGGGCUAUGGCUUGUUCACACUUAUCAUCAGGAAAGGUCAGGUGAUGCAAAUUUCAAAGCUUUAUGAAUACUCUGACUCCUGAAACCUUGUCCCAACAAUCAGCAGCCAUGGGCUCCUCUUAACAGCUGCCUGGCACUCUGAAAACUAAAAUAACUGAUGCCCUCAAAGCAGCAGAAUGCUAUAAUAGC